CACACCGGUGUGGAGUUAGAAGAAACACAGCCUGCUGUUUUUGCUCCAGCUAAGCGAGUUUCCCCCAGACAGACCAAAGGGUUCACUGGAUCUUGUGCUGCUCCCUCUGCUGUGUGCGACUUGGCCGCCUGGGGGCAGUCUGCAGACAACUAGGAGGAAGCCCGCAAAAGCCUUCCAACCAUGUGCCAAUGUGCUGAGCCAGUGGAAAAAGCGACGUCCGUUGGAGCCACGGCGUCGUGUAGAAAGAUCAGGUGACCUCGAGGAAACCAUAUUCAUACAGUCAUUGAAUCUGACUGCAUGCUGAUCUCCGGUUCCGCGAGUUCCCCUCCGUCGCCAUGAGAGGCCAGGAAGAAGACUGGAGUCUCCGAGGGCCAUGGCCGGCUUUGUAGAAGCGCUGCCCCGCCGCCACCCGCUGCCGCAUGACUCCAGCUGCCUCUGACGGCCCUGUCGCCUUUUUUAUGGGAGCUACCGCCGUGCGAGCGCUCGUGGGGAUUUAAGCUUUUCUGGGACACUUUUUUUUUUUUUUUUUUUUAAACCCCUACGGUUAACGCCGAGCUUUGCGUUUGGUGGGAGAUAGCGAGACAAUGGCGAACAACUCGUACAGCGGAGUGAAGAACUCCAUCAUGGAGGCCAACCACGACGGCGACUUCGGCUGCACGCUCAAAGAGCUGCGCUCCCUCAUGGAACUGCGAGGCGCCGAGGCCCUCAACAAAAUCGGGGAAUCCUACGGGGACGUCCACGGACUCUGCGGCCGCUUAAAAACCUCGCCCACGGACGGUCUAAGUGGGCAGCCGGCAGACAUCGAGAAGCGGAAAACGGUGUUUGGACAAAAUUUGAUACCGCCCAAAAAGCCCAAAACGUUCUUGCAAUUAGUGUGGGAGGCGCUGCAGGAUGUCACGCUGAUUAUCCUGGAAGUGGCAGCCAUCAUUUCACUUGGCCUUUCCUUUUAUAGACCUCAAGAUGCCAAAAGAGAAGACUGCGGGAAAGCCGCCGGCGGCGCGGAGGACGAGCACGAGGCGGAGGCGGGCUGGAUCGAGGGCGCCGCCAUCCUGCUGUCGGUCAUCUGCGUGGUGCUGGUGACGGCGUUCAACGACUGGAGCAAAGAGAAGCAGUUCCGCGGCCUCCAGAGCCGCAUCGAGCAGGAGCAGAAGUUCACCGUGGUCCGCGGCGGGCAGGUCAUCCAGAUCCCCGUGGCGGAGAUCGUCGUCGGUGACGUUGCACAAAUAAAAUAUGGGGACCUUUUGCCCGCCGACGGCCUCCUCAUCCAAGGGAACGACUUGAAGAUCGACGAGAGCUCGCUCACGGGGGAGUCGGAUCAUGUCAAGAAGACGCAGGAGAAAGAUUUGAUGCUGUUGUCGGGCACCCACGUGAUGGAAGGCUCGGGGAAAAUGGUGGUCACGGCGGUGGGCGUCAACUCUCAAACUGGAAUUAUUUUCACGCUGCUCGGUGCCGCCGAGGACGAGGAUGACGACGACGAAGAUGAAAAGAAGAAGGAAAAAGAGGAGAAGAAGAAACAGAGGAAAAGUGCGUGUCCUCGUAGACCCUUUUUUUUUUUUUCUGUUUGGGUCAUUUCCAUGCGGCGCCGCUGGUCACGCAUCCCGAUUCAGCUCUAUCUCUCUCCGGUGUUCUGUUUUGCAGACAAGAAGCAGGACGGCUCCAUUGAAAAUCGAAAGAAAGCCAAAGCGCAGGACGGCGCCGCCAUGGAAAUGCAGCCUCUGAACAGCGACGAGGGAGCCGAUUCGGAGGAGAAGAAGAAAGCCAACCUGCCAAAGAAAGAGAAAUCUGUCCUCCAGGGCAAGCUGACCAAACUCGCCGUCCAGAUCGGCAAAGCGGGAUUGGUGAUGUCGGCCAUCACCGUGAUCAUCCUGGUGGUGCUCUUUGUGGUCGACACCUUUUGGAUCCAAAACCUGCCCUGGGUCAAGGCCUGCACGCCCAUCUACAUUCAGUUCUUUGUCAAAUUCUUCAUCAUCGGCGUCACCGUGCUGGUGGUGGCCGUCCCCGAAGGCCUCCCGCUCGCCGUCACCAUCUCGCUGGCGUACUCCGUCAAGAAAAUGAUGAAAGACAACAACCUGGUGCGUCACCUGGACGCCUGCGAGACAAUGGGCAACGCCACGGCCAUCUGCUCGGACAAGACGGGGACACUCACCAUGAACCGCAUGACGGUGGUGCAGGCCUACGUGGCGGAGAAACACUACAAGAAGGUGCCGGAGCCGGAGAACAUCCCGGCCUCCAUUUUAGAUUUCCUCAUUCUGGGGAUAGCCGUCAACUGCGCCUACACGACCAAGAUCAUGCCUCCGGAGAAAGAAGGCGGCCUGCCCCGGCAAGUGGGCAACAAGACCGAAUGUGCCUUGCUGGGAUUUUCCACCGACCUCAAGCGCGACUACCAGACCAUUCGCAACGAGAUCCCCGAGGAGAAGCUGCACAAGGUGUACACCUUCAACUCGGUGCGCAAGUCCAUGAGCACCGUGCUGAAGAUGGCGGACGGCAGCUAUCGGAUGUUCAGCAAGGGCGCCUCGGAAAUCCUCCUCAAAAAGUGCUACAAAAUCCUGACGGCGUCGGGCGAGUCCAAGGUGUUUCGCCCGCGAGACCGCGACGACAUGGUGAAGAAAGUGAUCGAGCCCAUGGCUUCCGAAGGCCUGAGGACCAUCUGCCUGGCGUACCGAGAUUUCGCCGUGAAGGACGGCGAGCCCGACUGGGACAACGAGAACGACAUCCUCACCGGGCUCACUUGCAUCUGCGUGGUGGGCAUCGAAGACCCCGUGAGGCCUGAGGUCCCGGACGCCAUUCGAAAAUGCCAGCGCGCCGGCAUCACGGUGCGGAUGGUGACGGGUGACAACAUCAACACGGCGCGCGCCAUCGCCAGCAAGUGCGGCAUCCUGCAGCCCGGGGACGACUUCCUCUGCUUGGAGGGCAAAGAGUUCAACCGGCGGAUACGCAACGAAAAGGGAGAGAUCGAACAAGAGCGCAUUGACAAGAUCUGGCCCAAACUACGAGUGCUGGCUCGUUCUUCCCCAACUGACAAGCACACUUUAGUCAAAGGUAUUAUCGACAGCACCGUGGCCGAGCAGAGGCAAGUGGUGGCCGUCACCGGGGACGGCACCAACGACGGUCCCGCCUUGAAGAAAGCCGACGUCGGCUUUGCCAUGGGCAUCGCCGGCACCGACGUGGCCAAGGAAGCGUCCGACAUCAUCCUGACCGACGACAACUUCUCCAGCAUCGUCAAGGCCGUGAUGUGGGGACGCAACGUGUACGACAGCAUUUCCAAGUUCCUGCAAUUUCAACUGACCGUCAAUGUGGUGGCCGUCAUCGUCGCCUUCACGGGCGCCUGCAUCACUCAGGACUCUCCACUGAAGGCGGUCCAGAUGUUGUGGGUCAACCUGAUCAUGGACACCUUCGCCUCCCUGGCGCUGGCCACCGAGCCGCCCACGGAAGCCCUGCUGCUCAGGAAGCCAUACGGCCGCAACAAGCCUCUCAUCUCUCGCACCAUGAUGAAGAACAUUCUGGGCCAGGGCGUGUACCAGCUGGUCAUCAUCUUCACACUGCUCUUUGCCGGAGAGACGAUGUUCGACAUCGACAGCGGCAGGAACGCGCCGCUGCGAGCGCCGCCCUCGGAGCACUACACCAUCGUCUUCAACACCUUCGUCCUGAUGCAGCUAUUCAACGAGAUCAACGCCCGCAAGAUCCACGGCGAGCGCAACGUCUUCGACGGCAUCUUCAACAACCUCAUCUUCUGCAGCAUCGUCUUCGGUACCUUCGUCAUCCAGAUCGUCAUCGUGCAAUUUGGAGGGAAGCCAUUCAGUUGCGUGGCUCUCUCCAUCGACCAGUGGCUCUGGUGCACUUUCCUGGGCUUCGGCUCACUGUUGUGGGGGCAGGUCAUCUCGUCGAUCCCCACUAGCCGCUUAAAGUUCCUAAAAACGGCGGGCCACGGCACCCAGAAGGAGGAGAUCCCUGACGAGGAGCUGGAGGAGCUGGACGACAUGGACGAGAUCGACCACGCCGAGCGGGAGCUCCGUCGCGGCCAGAUCCUCUGGUUCCGCGGCCUCAACCGCAUCCAGACUCAGAUCCGCGUGGUGAAUGCAUUCCGCAGCUCCAUCUCCCUCUAUGAGGGCCUGGAGAAGCCCGAGUCGCGGACCUCCAUCCACAACUUUAUGACCCACCCGGAGUUUCGGAUAGAGGACUCGGAGCCGCACAUCCCCCUCAUAGACGACACGGACGCCGAGGACGACGCGCCCACCAAGCGCAACUCGGCCAGCUCCCGCAACGCCUCGCCCGCCCCGCCCUCGCCAGCCAGCGCGGCCCCGCCUUCCGGCGGCCCCGCCCUCAGCCCCGCCUCCCCAAACCAGAACAAUAACGCUGUGGAGAGCAGCAACCACCUCCUCCCGGAGGCCACCAAAGUGGGCGAGACCCCCGUGCCGGGCAGCCCCCUACACAGCUUGGAAACCUCCCUUUGAUCGCAAAGCACGCCCACCUCCCUGAAAGGCACCUUACCACUUUUCUACAUGGGGGGGGCAGGGGGGGGGCUGCACUGGGCUGUGCUGGACGAACAUUGGGAGGAAUGUAUCGGCUUGUGUGGAUUCUUUGAGCUUCUUCUUCACUUCUUAAACCGCACCAGGACUCUGCUCCCCCCCCAACCCCCCUGCUGACCCUACUUUUGGUUUGUCUGGCUGGACAAAGGCGCGAUUAUAAACUCUUGAUUGAAAGUGACCUGUUUUUUCUUAUUCUACUCUUAUUCUUAAUAUUAUUUGAAUUGCGUCGAGGAGCAGGUCGUCACGGCUUGAAGACAACAGAACCUUUUCGCUUCUCUUUAAUCUCGAUGGUGUUGUAUAUUUCGCUCUUCGGCCCUCGCUCACACACACACACACACACACACACACACA